GAGUGUGACCAUAGUGACAUCUACCGUGACUUGAAUCAAAAGGGUUGUCUCAAACAAGAGAGAUAACCUAAAUAAGAAAUAGAAAUUUUUUAAUUGUUCCAUCAAAUCAAUAUAAUGUUGAAUAUAAGGACGACUGUUGGAGCAAUACUUCAUGUCAAACAACAUUUAAAUUAUAAUAUUCUGGUUAAUGGAUUUCAUCAGUCUUGUGUGAGAUAUUUGGACCAGAAAUGGAGAGCAAAACGUAAAUUAACAGACAAUCCAAAUAAGUUUGGUCCACUGACUAAUUUACCAGAUUACACAUUUAAAGAUGGAAGACCUACCCCUCUUGGGAUAAGACAGAAAGCACGCUUAGAUAAACAACGUGAUUAUGCGGCAAAAAUUGUCAAAUUGGUAGGAGAGGUAGAUUAUGCUGUUGAGAGACAUGCUAAAAUGCAAAAAGAAAAGGAACAAAGAAGACAACAAAUCCUUGAUAGUAAAUUGAAACCCAAAGGAGAUUUAUUGCUUCGAAAACGGACGAAAUAAAAUAAAAAAAUAACUGAGUAUGUAUAAGAAAGUAAUAUACUUACCAAAAUAUUAUUGUA